AUGUCUAGAAAAUCAAUAUUACGAACAGUACUGUUGACAGCAACAUGGAUUCCGGUGGUAAUGACCAUGAGAGAAUUCGUUCAUGUUUCUCAAAUCAAAGGGAAAUCCAUGAGACCUACAUUGAACCCCAAUGAUGAUAGCACUGAUUGGGUGUUAGUAAAAUUAUUCAGACCAAGAAGGCGGGAACGUGAUGAUAUAGUAUUAUUUAGAGCACCCACAGACCCAAACGUAAUAUAUUGUAAGAGAAUUAAAGGUUUAAGUAAUGAUGCUUUGUAUUUAGAUAAUGACAGUAUGGUUAGACAGGAUAAAUCACAUUUAACACUAGUACCGAAUGGUCAUUUGUGGGUAGAAGGAGAUAAUACACACUCUGUAGAUAGCAGAAGUUUUGGUCCCAUAUCUGAUGGUUUAGUAAUAGGUAAAGUAAUGUGUGUUAUUUGGCCUCCAGAAAGGUGGGGGACAAAUUUAAAUAGAUGGGUAGGUCGAGAUAUUUUAGCUAACCAUGAUUCAAAAUAA